AUGCCGGUUUGUGCGUUUGAGGGGUGUUUUAGUGGAAGUAAAAGAAAAGAUAAAGACAGAGACCCGAACCUCCACCUUCAUAGAUUUCCAAAAGACCCCGAACUUCGAAAACUAUGGAUUCAGCAAAUUGUAAGACACGGUAAUGUUAACAAAAUUAAUUGUCAAACAGGUGUUGUGUGUUCACUUUAUUUUUCUCCACAUUGCAUUGUAGAAAAAUCAUAUGCACAACAAGUUGCAUCAUACUCUCCCAAAUGCUCAAGGCGAUUAAAACCAGAUGAUAUACCGAUGACGUUAGUUUUCUUUUUGGCCUUAGUUUUGAUAUGUUAA